AUGUUCGAGUCAGAUCAAGUGCAUGUCCCAUUCAAAAACAAGCAGGAGCCGAAAGCACGGACAUUUUGGAUAGGGAAUCGAACCCAAGGUGGUCCCACCAACACAAGCAUCGAAAUGACGACUCGGUCAAGCGGCAUCGUCUUGACUACUAGAAUCACUGGACUAUUAAGAUUACAGAAACCCGGUUCAGUUCAUUAUCUCCAAGAAAUUAGAAUGAGAGGUAAAUACUUUUCUUCUCUGGAGUUGAAAGAAGGUGUAUCGACCAUUCGAUUGCAUUUCUCUAGUUCUCCGAACGCAGAUGAUAUUCGUAAACUUUCCAGGUUCCAUAACUCCGGGGCGGUUAGGCCGAUUAAAAAAGGGAACUCGGAGAACAGAUGCGGGUUUGUUUCGCCCUGGCAGCGUACCGGAGAAACUCAAUAUGAAGAGGGAUACCUAGUGGCAAGUCAUCCAUUCCGGGUAACAGAUAAUAGCGCAGUCAGCACUAACCAGCGUCAUAAUUGCGUUCUGGCUAUGCGACCGGGGUUCUACACACUGAGGAAAUUUGAUUCUAGUCAAAUGACACAUAAGAGAAGAAGGAAUUAA